UCUCGUCCUCUCGGCUCUCGACUCUCGACUCUCGGCGAUCUCGUCGUUCUGCGAAGGUCGGAACUGCUCUCCGACGAACACGAACGGGCACAGCUGCGAGGGUCCUUCCCUUCGAUUUUUAUUGCGGUGAUCUCAUUCCUUUCUUUUUUCUCUUGUUUCGUUUCGCUUGGUUCUUCAUCCGUCGAAAUUUUGAUUAGGGUUCAGAAUUUUUGUUGGUCUUGGGGUUCUUUUAAUCGAUUCUUGGUUGUCGACUUUCUUGUGGGAAGAUCGAUCUUUCUGGUUUUCUCGAUCGUUUUUCGUCACCUAGCCAGUCUCGUUCUGGUUUCGAUUGGAAAAUAUGUCUUCUUCGCGUUCUAGGCGUGUGGAGUACGACCGCUUCAUCCCGUUCCGGUCGGCGAUGGACAUGGACUACGCACGCUUUGCCCUAACCGGGCCUUCGAGACCGCAGCGUGAUGGUUCGAGGGAAUCCCCAUCGAGCGUGGCGUACCAAAAGCUUCUUGACGAGUGCAUUUUGAAGAACAGGUCUCGUAUCCUCGCUUUCAAGACUGCACCUGAAGCGUCGGCCAGCAAGCUGCCCGAGUUUGACGAGCCCAUUCGGCCGCAGAAGAAGCAGCAGAGGCGAAUCCCUAAAGAACCAGAGAGGGUUUUGGUAAUCCACGGCUUGUUGGAUGAUAAUGUUUUGAAUCUCCUCGACUGGGGAAGCAAUAAUGUGUUGGCGAUUGGCCUUGAGGACGCAGUGUAUCUCUGGGACGCUGCAAACGAGUCGACUAAGCUUCUACAACCCGAAGAAGACAGAGGACCUAUCACUUGCAUCCGCUGGUCGCCAGACUGUGCAGUUCUUGCUGUCGCAUUUGGCAAUUCAGAUUUAUCCCUGAUCGAUACAGCAACAGGACAUGUCGUGGAUGGGAUGGAAGAUGAGAACCAGGCCCCUGUGUUGUCACUUGCGUGGAGAAGUAAUUCAAUCUUGACAGUCGGAAGAUUUGAUGGCACUGUUGUUGAUUAUGACUUUAGAAAGGAUGACAUGUUCAUCUGUUUCUAUAAUGGGCAUCGGCGUGGAGUUUGUAGUCUUAAAUGGUCCGUGUUGUCAGGGCGGUAUUUGGCGAGUGGAGGGCAGGACAAACUAGUGCACAUAUGGGAUGCCUGCAUGCCUGUCUCACGUGACCAUCCACGUCAACGUCAAUGGCUUCACAGGAUCAGCAGCCACACUUCCAUUGUGAAGGCCGUUGACUGGUGCCCAACUCGGAGCAACCUGCUGGCUUCUGGUGGAGGUUGCAAUGAUCAUUGCGUUAAGUUUUGGAACACCGUUAAUGGUGCUUGCUUGAACUCGAUUGAUGCUGGCUCUGAAGUUUGUGCUUUGCUAUGGGACAAAAACAAAUCUGAAUUACUGACCUCUCAUGGUUCGCCGAACAAUCAACUCACCUUGUGGAAUUACCCAUCCAUGACGAGAGUGGCUGAGGUUUCCGGUCAUUCAUCCCGGGUUCUUUCCUUGGCUGGGAGUCCACUGGGAGGUGUAGUAGCUUCUGCAGCAGCAGAUGAGACAGUCAGGUUUUGGAAUAUCUUUGAGACUCCCAAAAUAACAAAACCUGAACUGCCCUUUGCCCAAUUUAAUGUUCUCAUAAGAUGAAAAGGCGGAUAGGUGGAAAUGAUUAAGAUUCCAAAUGAAAGACUUCUCUAGUGCUUGACAUGAAGAUCUGUUGUUGGUAACAUUGCAAUGGGAAGUUUCGUGGUGUCAAAGAGGCAGCACAUUUUCAUACAAGCGCAUGGAUUCGAGAUCUUCAAAUAUGAGCGCAACCGCCUAAGAUUUCUUAUGAUAUUCAAUAUGGCUUUGGUAUCACAUGAAGACAUCACAUUGCACACCUAGAAGAGUGUUUGACAAUUGAGAGAUCUAUGCAUUAUAAGAGGUAAUUGCCUAUGGCCUUAUGUUUCUAUUUUUUGUUUCCGACUAUAAGUUUCCUAUGAUAUAAGUUAAACUUAAGAAUUUUAUAUUCUUUUAGGACUAUAAAGAAACUUUGGACUAUAAAAAAACUUUUAGGACUAUAUUCUUUUAGGACUAUAAGUUUCCGACUAUAAGUUUCUGACUAUAAGAUUGAACUAUAUAGCUCUAUUGCCAGAACAAAGCACUUGUAAUAUGGCCUUAAGUAUCACAUGAAGAUAUCACAUUGCCAUAACAAACUUUGAAGAUUGAACCGUAUAACAAACUUCAGAUUUCCUUUUCCAUUUUUUUUUGAGUUGAGAUUUCUUAUAACAUUCAAUAUGGCCUAGUUAUCACAUGAAGACAUCACAUUGCAUAUCUAGAAGUGUGUUUGACAAUCGUGAGAUCUAUGCAUUAUAAGAGGUAAUUGCCUAUGACCCUAUGCUUCUUUUUUCUUUUCUAACUAUAGGUUUCCUAUGAUAUAAGUUGAACUUCAGAAUUUUAUAUUCCUUUAGGACCAUUAAGAAACUUUGAAGAUUGAACUGUGUAGCUCUAUUGCCAGAUCAAAGUACUUUCAC